GUUGCUUUAAAAAAAAAAACUUUAAUCCCACAGAUCAAGAAAAACAAGGCGCCUCCACUUCCUAAAUAAGCUUCAUUUCUCUCUAUGGAUCAGUUUUUUUAAAGAAAACUUUUGCACAAUCUAAAACGUUUCUACAUGUUGGUGCCUCGCUUUGCUGUAUGUUUUUGGUGUUUUGCAAACUUUGAGUGCCCUGCAGUAAAUGUUGGUGCAACACUCAGCAGCAGCAGCAGCAGCAGGAGGAAACCAACCCAGAUGAGAAUUUCCAGCGGCCGAGCGGGGUUUCCAGUCUGGGCGGAGCGACGCGGCGCAGGAAGUUCCUCUGCAGCCAGAUGGAGUUUCUCUGUUAUUCCGCCGGACAAACGCGCUCCCUGCCGCGGCUAUAAAGACAGAGCGCUGCCCCGAGCUCAGCACACAGCCGGGGAGAGGAUGGCCGUCCUGCUGGAUCUGACCCGCUGCUGCCGCUGCAGCCCCGGAGCCUCUCUGCUGCAGGAAGCGGACUCGCACGUCUUUCUGCUGUGCGGCGCGGAACGUCACCGGCGUGAGAACGGCCUCUCGGACCCGUCCCCGGGCUCCCACAGGAGCGUCCACGUCCUGGACUCCGGGUCCAUCGCGGAGCGUCUGUACCGACUCAAGCGGACCCUGGACGAGCUGGACCUGAGUGCUGUCCGGGUGCUGACCACGGCGCGGGGCAGAGAGGUGCUGGCUCGGUACCAGGAGACGCUCUUUACCGCUGUUUAUACCUUUAAUUACGACGUCACGCAGACGGACAAGGUGACCUGUUCGGACUGCUGUGGCUCCGCCCACACGGACUCACCUGAGGGUGACGCGGAGGAAGAAGUGUCGGCCUUUCUGCAGCAGCUGCCCGCUUUGAAGGGAGACAUCAGAACCCUGCGGUCCACUUUGAUCCCAGAUUGCUUCGGCCACGGCUUCAGCACCCGUUCAGGCGGCGUCUCCUACAUCCCCACUCUGUCCUCCUUGAAUCUGUUCAGCAGCAGCAGGAGGAGGGACCCGCGGGCCGUGGUGGAAGAAAACAGGCGGCGCCUGGCCGUUCACGCCGGCUUCCAUCCCAUUCCCCUGCGUCUGGUCAAGGUGAACCAUGCCAGCGACGUGUGGGUUUUGGGGAAACCCGAGCCGGAGAGCUACGACUCCAUGGUGACCGAUCAGACGGGGGUGGUUCUGGCGGGUCAGGGGGCCGACUGCUUGCCCAUCCUGUUCGCCGAUCCCGUGAAGAAGGUCAUCGGGGCCGCGCAUGCAGGUUGGAGAGGGACCUUGAUGGGCGUGGCCACGGCAACCGUGGACGCCAUGGUGACGAAUUUUGGUUGUCGGUACGGCGACAUCGUGGUGGCGGUGGGGCCGUCCGUGGGGGUGUGCUGCUUCACGCUGGACAGAGAGCAGGCAGCAGACUUCAUUUCCAUCCAUCCAGACUGCGUGCCUGAUCCAGAGUCGGCCAAGCCACACGUGGACAUCCUCCUCGCCAACAGAGUUCUCCUCCAGCAGCGCGGCGUCCUUCCAGAACACAUCCACGACAACACGGAGACCACCCGGCCCCCCGUGACGCCCUGCACCUCCUGCAAUCCCGACGACUUCUUCUCCCACGUCAGAGACGGAGUCAACUUCGGCACCCAAGUGGGUUUCCUGUGGAUCAAGGAGAGCGGAGAACAGGCCAGCGCUCCGGAGAGCCAGACGGGCCAACAGGGCGGACCUUAAGACGUAGAGAUGAACCAAAACUCAACGGCCGAGAACUUCUUUUAGUCAAAUCCGACGGGUCGGGUUCCAGUUGCCGGCAAAGAAAAUCUGAAGUGAUUCUUUGGGAAACUGUGAAGAACUACUAAUCUAGUAGACUACGUACUAAAGAACACCUUCAAAGGACGAAACAGCUGGAAUAAACUACCAGAGUUCUGAGCUGGGGUCACAGUUCAAACUGUAGAUAGAUCAGUAAAACAUGUCUGUAGAUUUCCAUAGUUACUUAUGAAAGCAAAACAACACAGAGCUUAUAGAUUUAAAUUGCCCAAGUCAGGAAAAAAAUACUCAAACCUGCAGCAGAUACUAGAACAGAGAGAAAGUAUUAUUUUCCAAUCCUUUCUGCUCAGUGGUCAUUUUAUUACAGCAUAUAAAACAUUCAGUUUUUAUGCACCACAAAAUCUGGAAUAAACCUCCAGAAAACUGCAAAGAUGCAGAAACAUCGGCUCCCUUUGAUUCACUGGAACUGGAACAUUGAUCAAUAUAUUUGCGUGAUGAUUUUGAGAAUGCCAUUUUGAUAAAAUGUGUCGUUUAUUUCUCCUUCCUUAGAUGGUUUCUGUAUUAUGUUUAUGUGACGUAAAGCACUUUGAACUUUGAAAUAUUCUGCGCAAAUAAACCUGACUUAAAGACUAA